AUGGAGGCUGCAAUCAACAUUAUACUGUCCCAGUUUAAGGCUUUUGCUGGGAAGGAAGGAUCAGCAGACACUCUAAGCAAAGAUGAAUUGCAGAACCUGCUCACUUGCCAGCUCCCAAACUUCGUCAAGAAUGUCAGUGAGUCAUCUACUGUUGAAAAGCUUAUGAGCUCCGUGGAUGAAAACAACGAUGGAGAGCUAAGCUUUCUGGAGUUCUGGCAGUUUCUUGGCCAGCUGGCCAGACUGACGGGUGGCUUUACCAAAUAA